GAGCUCGGGGCUGGGAGGCUGCACAGCCGCGCACUGGAGCAGGACCAUCCACUCGCGCAGCCCGGUGGCGCAGGACUCGUCUUGUUCCUUUUCAUUUUUUUCCACCUCUCUCCAUCACUCCAAACGGGUCGAUUUAAUUAUAAUUGUUUUUUAAUUAUUUUGUUACCUGACUUUUUUCUCUUGCCUUUUUUUUCUUUUUUUCUUUUCCUUUUUUAAUUGAAGGUUGUGCUAAGACUUUUUUUUUUUUUUGAAAGCCUUUAAAAAAAGAAAAGGGGGGAAGAAGCCAGCAAGACACUGAAAAGAGCAAGAGAAAGUGGCAGCUAAGAAGGACUGUGAAAUCACCUCCCCUUUCUGGGGCUGUCGAUCAGAGCGAGAGUUGUACAUUAUUAUUAUUGUUUUUCUUUCUACAUCUAUCUAUCCACAUACACACGCAGAGAGAGAGAGAGCCAAGUACAGACAGUGAAACUCGACAAGACCAGCCAUGGUAGCAAGGGCUCAGCCUGAUCGGAAACAAUUACCGCUGGUCCUACUGAGAUUGCUUUGCCUUCUCCCUACAGGGCUGCCAGUCCGCAGCGUGGAUUUUACCCGAGGUACCGAUAACAUCACCGUGAGGCAAGGGGACACAGCCAUCCUCAGGUGUUAUGUAGAAGACAGAAGCUCCAAGGUGGCCUGGUUAAACCGUUCUGGCAUCAUUUUUGCUGGAGAGGACAAGUGGUCCCUGGACCCUCGAGUAGAGCUGGAGAAGAGAAACCCCCUGGAAUACAGCCUGCGGAUCCAGAAAGUGGAUGUCUAUGACGAGGGGUCCUAUACGUGUUCAGUGCAGACACAGCAUCACCCCAAGACUUCCCAGGUUUAUUUGAUCGUGCAAGUUCCACCAAAGAUCUCCAAUAUCUCCUCGGACAUCACCGUGAAUGAGGGCAGCAAUGUGACCCUGGUUUGCAUGGCAAAUGGGCGUCCUGAGCCUGUCAUCACCUGGAGGCACCUCACCCCAACAGGGAGAGAGUUUGAAGGCGAGGAAGAGUAUCUGGAGAUCCUAGGGAUCACACGAGAGCAAUCGGGCAAGUACGAAUGCAAAGCUGCCAACGAGGUUGCUUCAGCAGACGUCAAGCAAGUCCGGGUCACUGUGAACUACCCUCCCACCAUCACAGAGUCCAAGAGCAAUGAAGCGGCCACAGGACGACAAGCCUUACUCCGGUGCGAGGCAUCAGCAGUGCCCACGCCUGAUUUCGAGUGGUACAGAGAUGAUACCAGGAUAAACAGCGCCAAUGGUCUGGAGAUAAAGAGCACGGGGAGCCAGUCUCUGCUGAUGGUGGCCAACGUCACUGAGGAACACUAUGGGAACUACACCUGCGUGGCUGCCAACAAGCUGGGAGUCACAAACGCCAGCCUAUACCUUUACAGACCCGGCACAGGGAGAGUAGACAACGGCUCCAUGAGUUUGGCCGUCCCACUGUGGCUGCUGGCAGCGUCCCUGCUCUGCCUACUCAGCAAAUGUUAAUACAAAUCAGAAUUAAAAAUAAUAAUAAUAAUAAUAAUAAUUAAAAAAACCCAACACGACAACAACAAACAACAACACGCAAAACAAAACACGUUAUACAGGAGACAGAGCGAAGAGAGGGGAGAGAGAAAAAAGGGGGAGAGAGAGAGAGAGAGAGAGGACUGUUUCUUUCACAACUUUUGUGUGUUCAGGAGCGAAGAGGGGGG